AUGGAUAAUUCACUAGUAGCUGAGGAUUUUAGCGAAUGGGAACAAGUUCAAACACCAAUUCCUGAAACCCUCCCUGCAAAUCACCCUUCAUGGGAAUCCAACGCCGUCGUUGUUGGAAACAAUUGCAAUGUUCACCAUCACUGCUUCUCCGACGUUUUUCCUCCUCCUACCCACCACAACCAUCGAGUUUCACAACUUCCUCAUCCAUCGGACCUUGUUCAAGCUCCUCCUCACCGACCCAAUUCCAUUUCCCCAUCGCCAUCGUCUUCGUCGUUGUCGACGAGCUCUGGAUCCGACGACGACGACGCUCGAGACUGUAAGAAGCCAUGGUUAGCUUCACCACUGCUUGCGGCGAAUGAAGUUGGGAAGCGUUUGAGGCUGCGUUUCGGGGUUAUAAGCGCUGAAGUCCUUCGGUUGGUUUCCAAGGCCAGUGAUUACAAAUUGAGUCCCGGAGGUUUUUGGGCGAUUGCGUCGAUAAUGACCGGAGCGGUGACGGUGGCGAUGCUCUCGUUAUUGUACGCGAGGUUGUUGAAGCGUUGGCGUCAAAGAGUUUAUCACCAUGACAAGGAGCGUCUGGUUUUUCUCCUUCGACAGAAAGACGAGAAAAUCAGGGAGCUGUUGCUUCAGGUAGCACAAAUGAAUGAAAUACUGUCAGCACGCCGUAGAGUUCCAGUGCACCGAAUUGGUUGAUUGAUUAUAUCUCUCUGUCGCUGAUCCAUUGCCUGGUUGUACUAAAGAGAUAUAUACAUGUAUCAUUUUGUUGAUUUUUCUUUUUAACCUAUAAAGAGGAUAUUGAUAUUGAUGAAAAGAGCAAAUUUAUAUUGGUGACUAUAUUAUAUUUAGUUCCGGGAAAUUCGAUAUAAAUUUAUCAGUUUGUAACA